AUGGACCCUUCACAGGCAGCUUCAAGCAAUGUAACGGUUGAAUACACGGAUCCCUCGGGCCUGUUUCCGCUUGUAAAACCAGUUAUCGAAGCAAAACUACCACUAAAGAACCUCCACUGGAAAUCACCAACGCGCCCCGUACGGUCAAUCGAGUCGCUCCGCAUUGGCUUCACGCCCGCGCAAGAAUCGAACGAGCGAAAGUCCUCUAGCGAUGCUGUUCCAGGCGCAGUCACCCACCGCCGGCAUCAGAUCCCCGGUUUACGGCAAACACCAUACCUGAAAGUUUACCUCCUCCGCUGCGACGACAACGAGACCUACAAGGCGACGGCACGACGGAACCUGCGUGAAUGGAUUAAAGCCAAUGCAUCAUCCCAAAGCUCGCAAUAUGCGACUACCAGCCAGGAAAAGCACGAUGCGUUCGAGUGGUUGAUCCUACACGUGGUGCCGGAUGGUGACGCUGCGGAGAAGGCAGCCGCAUCUACCUCCAAAUGGGGCCGAGGCUCAAGUACGGUGCUGGAGAAGGCGAAAGCCGACUUCAAUGGGUCGUCCAAGUCUGCUGUAGACCGGGUGGCUCAAUUGCGUCUUCCAAAGCAGGGGACCAAGUCCCCUGAAUUGGCUGAGCAAUUGGAGGACCUGAUUGAUAAGAUGAAGAAUGGCAUUUUGGCAUCUUUCGAUCUUCGUGUGGCCCAAUAUGAGGAAGACAUCAAGGAGAAAGACUCUCAGCGUAGUCUGCCUGGGUGGAACUUUUGCACGUUCUUCAUCCUUAAAGAAGGUCUGGCCCGGGGUUUCGAGAAUGUGGGCCUCUUCGAAGAUGCAUUGGCCGGGUAUGAUGAGCUGGCAGUUGGUUUGGAUGCAGCUAUCCGAGAUCAACUCGAGGGAAGUGGUGAUCAGCAUGGUGGUGCACUCUUGACAAUCAGUAAGAACUGGACAGAGAUGGCCAAGAAGGCAUUGGAGACUGGUGCUUCCGAGGAAAGCAAUGCCAGUCCAUUCUCAGAGCUUCAGCCGGAUGAAUUUCCCCUCAACGCCAAUAAGAUGCCUUACCGGGAAAUGAUCCUAGCAAGCGACAUCUCCAUCUUCGACUUCCGCACAUACAUCUUCGCUCGGCAACUGACUCUACUACUCCGAGCUGCACGCGCGCCCUCGCUUCUUGGGAGUGAGACUGCGGCAGACGGCAAGUCAGGCAAAACGGACAAGAAAAAGCCCGAAAAUCUCAUUCUGCUAUCUGAGAUUUGUAGAAGAUCGACAGAAUUCAUCGGUCUGGCUGCGCGUACGCUCCGCUUUGAUCUCGAAUCCGGGCUGGCGGACGUAGUCCAUGAUGACAAGGCCGAUGUUAUCAACAACCUCGUUUCCUCGUGGGCAUUCUCAGCAGCUUUCCAGAUAUUGAGUCAGACCUUCACGCCGACUCUCAGUUUGCCCGAGUCUUCUCUGCAUGCCGUCGCCCAAAGCAGUGAAGCGGCCGCUGCCACGGCUGCGGAUGCACAAGCCAACGUACCUCGUCGCACAAGCUCACUUAUAGGCCCGGCGGGUGGCCGCCCUGGUCGACCAGUAACUCAGGAUAUUUCUGAUAAUGUGGGCUUGCUGCAGCGUCGUUCCACUAUGGACCAUCCUAAACCUGCGCCUGUUCCUACACAAAAGACCGGUUCUGAACAGUUGUCAUCCGGCAGAGCGGAGUUGCUCUUACUUGCACGACGCUCGCUGGAAGAAAUUGCUCGGAGACGGGGUUGGGCUGAAAAGUGGAACGAUCUUGGUCUUCUCUUUGAUGACCAAUAUCGUUCUGGGGCGAGUGCUUUGGCCGAGGUCUCAUUAGAUGACGAUACUUCCAAGCCAGAGGCAGAGUCCAAAUCCAAGCAGUCAUCGCUUGUAGGCAUUGAACUUCCUGGUCUCAAAGCUGCAUUGGUUUCAAAAGAUGCGUUCUUAUUGGUCUACGAGGACCUUACAGACCGAUUGAUCCGUCACCACAUGGCAGCCAAUCGCGUCAAUUCCGCCGAAUCAGCCCUCGCUGAAAUCGCCAUCCUACGAUACCGGCAGAAGGAUUACGAGGCAGCAGCUUCUUAUUUCCAUCGGAUGGCUCCAUUCUAUGGCACCAAAUUAUGGGUUAUCUUGGAGGGGAGUAUGUUGGAACUCCAUGCUCGAUGCCUGAAGGAACUCAAGCGGAACGAAGACUAUGUUCGCAUGAUGCUACGGUUACUUUCCAAAUUUGCUUCAUAUGUGCAGGCGCAAUUGUCAGUGAGGGAGAAGACCCUAGUCAAUUCGAUUCCGUCGACUGAGCAGGAAUUGUUGGAUGGGCAUGUCAGUGAUCUGUUUGAGGCGUCUGGAGCUCUUCAGAAAGAUAUUCCGGCUUCUUUGGCAGACUUCUUCGCCGAUCUUAAGGUCGACCCAGCUAUUCGAUUGUUUGAUAAUCGGGAUGGUUUCCAGAUUCAACUAUCCCUGCGGUUCUUGCUAGGCCAGCAGAUUGAAGUCGAUUCUCUCAAGGCUCGUCUAGUUAGCGCAAACACCUCCCAGAACUCCGAACAUUGGAUUGAGAGCUCUGCUAAGUUCGUGGUGAAGUCAUCAUCGACGCAGAUUCUGAUAGACUCUUCGACCACACUGCAAGGCAAAUACUUCGUCGACCGUCUCGAGCUAAGGGCCGGCAACCUUGUCUUCCAUUUCAACAGCGGACAGGACUCUUCGCUCCCUGUUGGCUUCCGGGAAACGGAAGAUGCAGAGGAAGCGGAUGAGCGUCCAUACAUUUAUUGUUACCCUCCAGCGGAUGGCCUCCAGGCGAAGAUUGUAUCGCCACACUUGAUCAAUCUAGAAUCGAUGCGUACGCUCGAGCUGGAACUUGAUAGCGGACGAAAUGAUAUCAAGAGCGGCACAAUUCGCGUCCGACCAGCCACUGCAGGUCUGCGGCUACGUCUCACAGAGACAGAAGUUGUGGAUGGAAAACUCGAGGUGGACGCCAACUCUGAGUCUGGUAUCAUCGAGUUCACGCAAUUGGCGGCACAUUCAUUCGUCCGGCUCCGCAUUCCCUACACCGUGGAAGAGGCAUUUACAACACUCUCAGCGCGAGUAGAGAUUGGAUACGAGACCGAGCAAGGCCGAUUUGCUUCGUCUUCAUCAUUCAAUGUUCUUUCUACGCUGCCGAUCUCAGUCAAUGUUCAGGAUAUCUUCAAGGACGAGCUGUUGUUCUCGCGGUUCACCAUCAGUCCUGCCAUUCAGAUUCCACUCCGUAUCACAAACUGCAGUUUGCCCAGCUCCGACAUUUACAACGUGGAAUCCGGUAUCAAUGGUCCUGUCGCCCUUGACGUCUUUCCAAAGCAGCCUGCCUCACUUCUCUACAAGAUCCGCCCCAAUGAAGGCGAUGCUGCUAAAUCAGCCCCUCGCAGCCUGCGUCUUAGCAUUGAUUUCACCUGUGUGGACGAUGAAUGCCUCGAUGCAAUUGAGAAGCGGUUCGCUGCCUCAAUAAACUCGAGCCCAUUCCGCCAGUACGCAGCGUUGCUUACGUCGCAUAUGGUCAGCAACUUCCGCGCGCAGUUGACCACCCAUGAUAUGGAGGCCAUUGGACUCAUCCGGGAGGCAGACAUGCUACCGUACCAGAGCCUGCGAUGGGAUGACUUACUAGGAGCACUGAAGGAACCCGCCGAUGGUGUGCGACAGUGGCUAAAGGAAUGGCACAAGACCAACCCAGUCAUCCACCUCCCCAGCCAACCAACAAUCCCAACCCGACGCAUAAUAAUCCCAGUCGACGUCCCAGAGAUCCAAGUAGUCCACACAGCAGAACUUCAACCAAACCUCCAACCAGGACCGUCAACCCACGCCGCCGUCGGCCAAAUGAUAACAGCCGAACUAAUCAUCAGCCACACGCGGCGCUGGUCCUCCCCCGCAACCCGCGAAACCGCAGACCAACCCCUCGAAUGCUCCUACGAGCUACACGCCAACCCAGACCAAUGGCAAAUCGGCGGUCGGCGCCGCGGAAACUUCCUCGCCCACGACGGCGAAUCAACCCGCUUCACCGUUCUCCUUUUACCCCAAAAACCCGGUCAUCUCCUCCUCCCAGGUCUGGAGAUUCGUACUUUCUUCCCGGCCCCGGCGCAGACGCAGGCUCAGCUGCCUACUUCGCCUCCUGCGGCGGAUCCGGCUGCCCCGUCUCGCCGCUCGGUUCCCUGUGAGGUUGAUUAUCGGAAUCAUGGGGAGGCGAUCCUUGUUCUUCCUGAUUUGAGGAAGACUACGGUUAGUCUUAGUGCUUCUGGGGGUCAUGCUGGUGCUGGGUCGUGGUUGAUUGAUUCGGAGCGGAGGGCUGAGGUUAGUUGA